AUGUCCGAUCCUAAGCUCACCUCUUCAAUCGCCAUCGUCGGCGCUGGCGACGUCGGCGCUACGAUUGCUUACUCGCUCAUCAUGAACCCUGUCGCCGGCGAUAUCUUGAUGAUCGAUCCUAAGGAAGAGGUCAGAGAUGCACAAGUCCAAGAUCUGUCAGACGCUACAUUCCACGGCAACACAAGCACGCGCGUGCGAGCAGGAACACACAAGGAAGCCGGUCAAUGCGACAUCAUUGUCUUCACCGCGGGCGCAAAACAGAAGAAAGGCGAAUCCCGCACCGACCUAAUCGGCCGCAACAAAUCCAUCCUCAAAUCCGCUGUCUCAGACAUGCAGCCCUUCGCAGACCACACCAUCCUCCUCCUCGUCGCCAACCCCGUCGACGUAAUUACCUACUUUGCGCAAGAAUACUCCAACCUCCCCAAAUCCCAGGUUAUCGGCUCCGGCACCUUCCUCGACAGCGCGCGCCUGCGCGGGGUACUGGCUGCCAAAGCCGAAGUAGCCGCGUCAAGUAUUGAUGCGUACGUGCUUGGCGAGCACGGCGAAAGCCAGUUUGUCGCGUGGAGUGCGGCGAGUAUUGGUGGUGUGCCGCUUGAGCAGGCGCUUCUGCCCGGCACCAAACUCGACAGAGAUGGCAUUGCGGAAGACACGAAGAACAAAGCGACGAACAUCAUUGAGAACAAGGGCGCGACGAACUACGGCAUCGGUGGUGUGGCGGCGAGUAUUUGCAAGAGUAUCUUGUUUGAUCAGAGGAACAUCAGACCGGUCAGUCAUUAUCAGGAGGAUUUGGGCGUGUGUUUGAGUAUACCGGCGGUUAUUGGUCGGAAGGGACUGGUGAGGACGAUUGAGAUGGGAUUGAAUGAGGAGGAGAAGGGGAAGCUAAAGAAGAGCGCAGAGGCGCUGAAGGGGAUCAUCGAUGCAUGA